AUGAAGUCCUUGUUUCUCUUAGCCAUUUGUUUGACAUGGCUGGGAGUUUCUCAAAGCAGACCCAGGGGAAAGCUAGAAGGCCUCUCCAAAGAGACCCUGGAAAAGCUGUCCAUAGAUGGAGAAAAGUUUGUGGAUGAAGAGGUGAAGAGGGCUUUAUUUGGUGUCAAACAGAUGAAGGAAAUCGUGGAUCAAAAUGGAGAGAAACAUGAACACCUAAUGAAAUCUUUAAGACAUAGUAGUGAGAAGAAGCUGGGAGCUCUUCAGCUUGCUGAAGAGGUGAAGCAAAAGCUAGAGCAGGCUGAGGACCAGUGUCAAGCAUCCUUAAAGGCUUCCUGGGAUGAAUGCAGGCCUUGCCUUGAAGACACCUGCAAAUCAUUUUAUACCUCUACAUGUCACAGAGGCUUUUCCACAUUUUCUAACAAGGUAGAGACCUUUUUCAGAGAAAUGUCAUGGGUAUUCAUGAACUCUCAUGAAAACAAAGACCUUGUGGUAAAUCAGGACCCAGAAAGUGUUGAUGCAAAAGUGGUACAGAUCGAAAAUAGUUUUAACAAAAUGAUUUCUGAAGUGAAUACUCUAUUCGAUCAAAGCAUGGAGCUGUUCUACAAGAUGCAUGAGGAAUUUGAUCAAUCUUUUCAGGCAGCCUUUGAGCUGCACACAGAGGGAUCGAGUCUGAGAGCCCAUCCUCACUCCAGUCACAACUCAAGUCCAGAGUUCUUUGAAGGCCUUGGCCUAAAUUAUGUUUUAGAGUCCUUUUUUGAUUUUGGUAGAAGAAUUUUUGAUGAAUUUAGCUCUGUGAUUACUGAGGCAUUUCUUGGAUAUCAGGAGACUAUGAGUGAUGCAUCGGAGAAGAAACAAGGAAAUUACAUCCUUUCAAGUGUAAUUCCAUCGACGAACACACAGCUGUGUAGAGACCUCCGCAGGAAUAGCUCAGAAUGCUGGCAGCUUCAGAGCAAGUGUCAAUCCUGCCAGGGGCCCUUGUCGCAAGAAUCACCGAUCGGAGUGAAAAUUGGAGGGAGGAACAUCAACAAUCUUCGAUACGCCGACGACACGACUUUGCUCGCAGAGAGUGAAAAAGACCUAGAAUAUCUGGUCCGAAAGGUCAAAGAAGAAAGCGAGCGCAUGGGUUUGUACCUCAACAUCAAGAAAACAAAGGUGCUGCCUCAUUCUGGUGAAGGAACCCCAAUGCCUGUUUCAGACACAGCUGUAGAAGUGAAUUUGCUCAACUCACCCACCUUCACUCUUAACGUCCCUGGAGAGCUGGAAAUAGAAGACCCUGCCUUUAUUAAAUAUGUGGCCCUGGGGGCAUUAGGGCUCUACAAAGAGAUGUGCAAGUAA